AUGGCAGACGUAACCCCAGGCAAGGCCGUGACUGUGAGCCUCCAGCAGCUCACUGAAGGCUCUGUGUCUUUCGAGACGCUCACUGAAGCUUUUGGACCCUCAUCCUUGGGUGUCAUAAUCGUCAAAGAUCUGCCUGAGAAAUUCAAAGCUCUCCGGUCCCAAGUAUUGUCUAACGCAUCGUAUUUGGCAUCUUUGCCAGAGGAUGAGUUGGAGUCUCUCACCAGUGCUGAAGCGAAGUUUUUGGUCGGCUGGUCGUGCGGCAAAGAGACCCUUCGCUCGGGCCAUUUUGACACCCUGAAGGGGUCAUACUACGUCAAUUGUGCAUUCUAUCAGAGCCCUGAGCUGCAAAAUGCGCCUGCGGAUGAGUUUCCAGAUUUUCCGCAGUACACCGCGCCGAACAUCUGGCCCCCAGCGGACCGCUUGCCAACGUUUCGCCAGAGCCUGACCGAGCUAUGCACGCUGAUCAUAGAUACCGCUGUCCUCGUCGCUCGCGCAUGCGAUCGCUAUGCGGAGCACAACAUCGAGGAGUACAAACCCGGCUACCUCGAGCACGUCGUCAAAACCAGCAUGACCAGCAAAGCCCGGCUCCUGCACUACUUCCCCGCCCCAGCGGAGGACCCAGCUCAAACCCCGGCCGACGCCAGCGAGGACGAUGACUGGUGCGGCACCCAUCUCGACCACGGCUGUCUCACCGGCCUCACAUCUGCCAUGUUCGUCGACGAGGCCGCCCACCCUCCCGAGGCCGACACCUCCAAAUCCGCCCCCAUCCCGGAGCUGCCCACGUCCCCGGACCCCAAGGCUGGGCUGUACAUCCGCUCGCGCACGGGAGACGUGGUCAAGGUCAAUAUCCCCAAGGACUGCCUCGCCUUCCAGACUGGCGAGGCCCUGGAGGUCAUCACCAAGGGCAAGUUCAAGGCCGUGCCGCAUUUUGUCAAGGGCACAAAGACCCAGGGCCCCGCGCGAAUCGCGCGAAAUACGUUGGCGGUGUUCACGCAGCCGAAUCUUGGCGAGGAGGUGAUGGCAGGGAAGUCCUUUGCCGACUUUGCUAGGGAGGUGGUUGAUAGGAACCAUUAA